UCAGUGACUGGGGAAACUAGCAAGAGCUGAGGUGGGAGAAGUCACUCCUUGCUUCAGUUGCACCAUGGACCUCCUACACAGCGCAGGGGUGCAGGCCACAAGCUACCUCCAAGAGAACUUCAUGAACUUCCAGGACUGGUUCCUCUUCAUCUCCGCAGCUGCAGACCUCAAAACCACUUUCUUUGUCUUUUUCCCCAUCUGGUUCCAUCUAAGUGAGGCUGUGGGGAUCCGGCUUAUUUGGGUGGCUGUGAUCGGAGACUGGUUCAACCUUGUUUUCAAGUGGAUCCUGUUUGGACAGCGACCCUACUGGUGGGUGCACGAGACGGAUUUCUAUGGCAUCACGACACCCCCUGUGAUCAGGCAGUUUCCCAUAACCUGUGAGACUGGACCAGGCAGCCCAUCUGGCCACACCAUGGGGUCUUCUGGGGUGUACUAUGUCAUGGUGACAGCACUACUUUCACGACUAUUGCUACUGCAACAAAAGACUUUAACUGCCAGGUGUCUACGUGGCCUCCUCUGGGUAGGAUUCUGGAUUGUGCAGGUCUGCGUCUGCUUAUCCCGGGUCUUCCUUGCAGCACACUUCCCACACCAGGUGAUCUCGGGUGUUAUCUCAGGGAUGCUGGUGGCAGAGAGUUUUGAGCACAUCUACUCCAUCUACAAUGCCAGUCUCAGGCGAUACAUAGGCACCAUCCUCUUCCUCUUUGGCUUUGCCCUGGGCUUCUACCUGCUGCUCAAGAUGCUGGGUGUGGACCUCCUGUGGACCUUGGAAAAGGCCAACAAGUGGUGCGAACGACCAGAGUGGGUCCAUAUCGACACCACCCCCUUUGCCAGCCUGCUUCGCAACCUGGGAAUCUUGUUUGGGCUGGGACUAGGCCUCAACUCUCCUAUGUAUGUAGAAAGCUGCAAAGGGAAGCAGGGUCAAUGGCUGACUUUCCGCCUCAGCUGCAUCAUUGCCUCACUGUUCAUCCUCCAUCUGUUUGAUUCCUUUGAAUUGCCCACUGACAGGGAGUUCCUCUUCUACAUCCUCUCCUUCUGCAAGAGCACUUGUGCUCACGUCUGUGCUGUGGCACUGAUCCCCUAUUGCAUCUCCCGGCUCCUCUGGCAGACAGAAAAGAAAGACCUGUAGGGAAAAGAUGACUUGGGGAACCAACACCUUGACAUGGCCUUCUCCAUCCCAGGUCUUGAAGGGGCCCUUGGGACUCAUGCCUGAAGGUUCAGACAGUAAACCAUGAAGUGCUGCUCUCUUUAGUGGGAGAUAGAAAAGAGUCCCCUUCCUAGACUGAUGAGUAUUGUUUCCUACAGAGUAGGGUCAGGAGCAUUCCAACAUUUUGGCAAUGUUGAGGAAGAUCAAGAUGUCUCCGCCCAGGAAUAGAGGGUGACUCAUGUUCAGAUGUGUAUCAUGAACAACUCUGGGAGUCCAAACUAGAACAGAGGAGUGUCAAAGAACCUGAUCAAUUUUAAAGCAAGCAAAAUCAAUUUAUGAGGGAUAUCUUGUGCAUUUACUAAUAGCCUAUGGAAAUCAAUUGCUCUUGCAUCCCUCUGCCAGCCUUUUUUGUCCUUUUUAAGUUCCUGACGCUCUAUUUCUUUAGAUGUGUAUGUGCCCAUGCAUCUGGCUAUUUGUCUGUAUCCCUUUGUCACCCAUCAGUCUCAGUCUUUCUCUUUUGUCCCCUCACUUCCGUUCUUGGUAUCUGUUUCAUCCUAUUUGUCUUUGUGUAACUUUUCCUAAUAUGCCUUCUGCUGUAAUAAUGCAUUUGGCACAAUAUAUUUUAGCCAUGCAACCCUUAAUCUAAGGGUUAA